AUGCCGUGCAUGGUCAUCUCCAGUAACGUGGCGAGUGACCGUGUCGGCCGCCCCGCUCCGCACGUGCUCGUGCAACUGCAGCUGGGACUGUUGAUGUCGGUCCAGAAGAGUCAAGCGCCCAUGGCGCUCGUACACCUGCGCAGCAUUGGUCGACUCGAGGACGAGCGCAACCCGAAGACGGUGGCGGCGCUGACGGAGACCGUGGCCGAGCAGCUCCAGGUGCCGCCCGCGCGCGUGAGCAUCUACCUUGAGGACAUCUCGGUCAAGAGCUGGGCCAGCAACGGCAACGUCGUCGGGCUGUAG